AGUCAACCGCUAUAUACAGCCAAUUGUCGGCGCGGCGUGAAGAUUCAUUAAAAUUUACGUUUCAUUUUUAAGCGGCCAUAAACACAAGAAGGAAAAUGACAGAUAUAGACGUAUUCAAAUUUAGUAACAUGAAAAUCUUUGAAUCAAUCCAAGAAAAUUUACCAGAUAACGCGAGGGAAAUUUGCGAUGUUUCCGAAGAUUUGCUUUUCUUAUGGAAUUACAAAGAAAGCAAUUUGUUAGUGACAAACUGGAGACUUGCACAAUCAAAAUCGAUUUCUAAAUUCCAAACGCUUGUACCAUUAUCGACACCAAACUUUGUGGUCUCUAAAGUGUUGGUUAGCUUUGGUGGAACUUUUGUUUGUAUUAGUGGACCACAAGGAGUUUCAAUAAUAGAAAUGCCAUUAAGAUGGGGUGCAGAUGGUUUAUAUCAAGAUGGAAAGUCACUUGUUAUUUGUCAAAUAUUUCAUCUGCAAGAGCAUUCGGCAAAUCAAUUGGAAGUGAUACAAACCCGUUGGCAUCCUAACUCUCCAACUGAUUCUCAUCUUCUCAUACUGCUGUCUGACAAUUCAAUUCGAGUAUUUGAUGAAGGAAUCUUAAAAAACCAUUGGCGUGUCGGUCCGAUUCCUUCUGGUGUAGCUGUUCAGAAGAAUCUUUCAUAUCUUCGUUGUUUAGGUGAUACAGCAGUUGAUUUUGAUAUUGCACCAGUUCGACUUAGAGAUGGGAAUAUUCAUGAGUACAAUGAAACUUUGGAUAAUAAUAUAGAGAGUAUAAAUAACACUCUAAAUUCCUUUUCACUGACCACGAAGACAAACAGCAAAUUGACAGAACAACAGAGGAAAGUUGAAUGGCCAAUUGUUGUCCUUCGUGGUAACGGAAUGGUUUUUGUUCUUAAUGCUGCACUCAACACUGAGAAGCCUCGUUUUCAGGGACCUUUAACAAUGAUUCCAUCGCAGAAGGAAAAUUAUGGCGAUGACUCUUGUUCAAUUCUAGUUAUUCCCACACUUCCACCGACAUUAGUGAUAGCUGAGAAUUCAGGAAUUUUACAUCAUCUACUAAUGAUUGAUACAGUAAAUGAAGAAUUACCAUUUGAUGGGACAAACACAAUCCUGAAGAAUGACUACGAUUUAUAUGUUUUGGAAACAAUUAAACUUGAACUUGGACUAUCGGACGAGAAGACUAAAGGAAUAUUUGUUGUUGUUAAAAGUGGUCAAGUUGUUAGUUUAAAUACGAUGAAGCUUGGCUAUUCAAUCAUCCCAGACACUUAUAACUUUACGUCAACAACUAAUGAGCCAAAAUUCGUUGAAAAGAAAAUUCCAUUCGAUCAAUACGUAAAAUUUUUACUAAAUUCUGGAGUUACACAACCGGUUUUGAAAUUAGAGAAAUCGAAUUCACCUUCACAUCAACAAAUUUUCGAGUUGUUAAUGAGUACAGCUCAGAUUAUUCGCGACAAUCAAUUUAAACGACAUGAUCAAGUGAGACAAGAGAUUACAAAAAGAGUUAAAAUUCUUGAAUUCACAAAGAAUCAACAAAGAGAGGACAUUACACAAUUACUUGAAAGUAAGGAAAUGAUUCAAGAGAAAGCGUAUAAACUUGCAGACAUGCAUGAAGAUAUAAUGGAACGACAACAAAAUCUUCAGAAAAGAGUUCAAGAUGUUUUACGUCUUGCAUCACUUUGUUUACCAUCAGGAAAUUCGUCGGAGAAAGAAUUUGUCGAGCAAAUUAAAAGAAUAAACAUUGAAACUAAUAAACUUCUUCAAGAUGUUAAACAAAUUAAAGCCAAACACGCAAUACAACGAAAGCAAUUUGAGCCUUGGGAUAAUGUAACUAAAAACUCAAUAAAAGCGUUACCACCUAAACAAGAAGAAACUAUUCAAGAAAUUCUCGUUGACAUGACAAAACAAAUAGCAAAGCUCACAAAAGAAGUUCAGAAAACCCAUUCAAUUGUUGACGCAUAA